GUGCAGCCUCGCGCUGACAUCGACACCAGCUCGCUGAAGGGCAGGAGUGUCCUUAUCACCGGUGGAGCAAGUGGACUCGGGGAGGAAAUGGCGCGUCAAUUCGUCCGAGCUGGUGCCUUUGUAACGAUUGCCGACCUUUCCGCCAAGAACGGCGAGCGGCUCGUGUCGGAGCUGGGCGAAGAGCAUGCUGCCUUUGCCCAAUGCGAUGUCACAGUCUGGCAGAGCCAGUUGAACGCCUUCAAGACGGCCGUUGCUCGAUCUCCAACUAAGCAGAUUGAUAUCGGUGCGACCCCCCGUCGUGAAUCUCCACAACUAACACCUUGCCCACCAGAUGCGCCAACCCCGGACGCAGACCCCAUCGAACCCUCCCUCAUCACAGGCAGAAUCAACUUCCUAGGCAUGCAAUACACCGCCAAACUCGCCACGCACUACCUGUGCCCCGCGCGCAACAAAAGCCCCACGCCCCGCGCCCUAAUCUUCACCUGCAGCAUGGCCGGCUACGCCGACCAGCCCUACUCGCCCGAGUACAACGCCUCGAAAUGGGGCGUGCGCGGCCUGCUGCGCUCGCUGCGCUGCACGAAUCCCACGCACGGCAUCCGCACCAACGGCAUCGCGCCCACGUUCGUCAAGACGGGCAUUCUGGUGCCGGACUGGAUGGCCUUUCUGGAGGGCAAGGGGGUCAAGUUUGCGGACAAGGAGGACGUGGGGCGCGCGGUGAUGCGCAUUGCUGCGGAUGGGGAGAUGAAUGGUGCGCGGCUUUCCCUCGUCCCGACUUACUGUCAU